AAAAUUAACAUGAAAAGUUAAGUUGGAAAUGAUAGAGUUAGGUCUUGAAGCAAUGGCCUGGGCGCAGUAGAAAAGCCCUUUGCGUUUCAAACAAACUGUAGUGACGGAGAUCGUGGAACAGAUUGGACUAGACUCUGGAGAGUUUGGAAAUGGCAGCUUGUCAGAAGCUUCUGGAAUUGAGCACCAAGAUCGUCGCUGUUGGCAGAAACUACGCUGCUCACGCCAAAGAACUAGGCAACGCCGUUCCCAAGGAGCCAGUGUUGUUUCUGAAACCCACAUCGUCUUACUUGAAAAACGGCGGAACCAUCCAAAUCCCUCACAACGAGGGCUCUCUGCAUCACGAGGUCGAGCUCGCUGUGGUCAUCGCCAAGAAAGCGCGUGACGUGUCCGAAUCCUCUGCCAUGGAUUACGUUGCCGGUUAUGCACUGGCUCUGGAUAUGACUGCUAGGGACCUUCAAGCUGCUGCAAAGUCUGCAGGUCUUCCAUGGAGUUUGGCAAAAGGCCAGGACACUUUCACCCCAAUUAGUUCAAUUUUACCAAAGUCUACCGUGCCAAACCCUGAUGAUAUAGAAUUAUGGUUAAAGGUUGAUGAGGAUAUUCGGCAAAAGGGUUCAACCAAGGACAUGAUCUUUAAGAUCCCAUUUCUAAUUAGCUACAUAAGCUCUGUCAUGACAUUGUUUGAAGGAGAUGUCAUACUAACUGGCACUCCUCCAGGUGUUGGCCCUGUGAAAGAGGGUCAAACAAUAACUGCUGGUAUUACAGGCCUCGUGGAUGUACAGUUCAAUGUCGAAAAAAGAAAAAAGCCCGGACAUUCUUGAUAAACUCCCGAGAGUACUUCAUUCUGCAACAGGAGAUCCUCUUGCCAAGGGGAAACAAAGAGGGCCAUACAAUAAAAAAAUAAAAAAUUAAAAAAUGAAAACUAUUAUUUGGUAUUCAGAGUCUAUACAACACUUGCAGUUUCCUCCCUUCUCCCCAUUUAUGGUCCUUGAAUCAGUACUCUGGAUCUUAGGCGGGCAUGCUAUUGCUUGUGUCAUGAAAAUGAUGAUAACUGUUUUAUACUAUGGAAAAUAAUGAUUAUGAUGGAGCACUCGGAUUCGUUUUAUAAAAUGGUCAAGUGACCACUUUAAUUGUUA